AUGAGACCUCCUCCAUGUGGUAAAGAGUUUUAUAUGAUGAAACCACUCAAAAUCACAAUAAUUGUUAACAUAUUUUGUGAAGAUGUGUUGAAAGUGACAAUCAAAAUGAGAGAAAAGACAUUUUUCCGACUUCCACACUUACAUUGUCGUCUUCGAGCCCCGUUAGAUAAUCUCAUGCAAAAACAGAUCUCUUCUGCUCGAAAGAGUAUUGUAGGUGAUUUUUCCUUAAAUGAAUCCAAUGUCUCGAUUUCCAAGUAUUUAGAUGAGGCUAGUGAAGAGCAUCUACUUGGAGUGACAUUUAUUUCGGAGGUGGAGAUGACCACAAUAACUGCUAGCAGGUUAGGGUCAUUCGGACCAUCUACAGCAAAAUUGACAGGUGUUUUUGAUAUAAUUCGUCAACAUAAUAAAUCGGACAGGCUUUUAGGGUGUCACAAAAAUAGAAAAAGAGGGUUGGACUACCGCAUUCCGAAGUUUAGUGAGUUACCAUCAUCCUUGGCAGUGUUGCCUCUCUUACGAUCAUUCACAAAACGGAAUGGGGAAGAAUACUAUGGGGAGCUUUUAAUUCAUAAGAUUUAA